AUGGCAGAUGAAAAUUUGGAAUAAAUAAUUGAUAUGCCAGAAUAAUCUGACAUGAUCAAUGAUGCUAGAACUUAAGUAAUUAAUAAAUAAAUUUCAAGGCCAGAUAUGCAGUAGAACAUUUUAAAGUUGAAUCUUAAAUCUCUAAUUAUAUCAAGAAGUUUUUCGAUGAGAAAUAUGGUCCUAAUUGGCAUUGUGUUGUUGGUAUCUACAAUAAUUAAAAUAUAAGGAAAGCAUUUCAAUUCAUACUCUUCGUAUGAAAGCAAACGUUAUAUGUUUUUUUAUGAAGGAUAGAUGGCAAUUUUACUAUAUAAAAUGGGUUGA